CUCACCUCUGUUCAACAGCUCACAGCUCACUUCCUUCCUCAGCCAUGAUCGCUAGACAGCAGUAUGUUCGAGGAGGAUCUCGAGGCUUCAGCAGCGGCUCAGCCAUCGUUGGUGGGGGCAAGCGUGUUGCCUUCAGCUCGGCCUCCAUGUCAGGAGGUGCAGGACGCUGUUCCUCUGGGGGUUUUGGCAGCAAAAGCCUCUACAAUCUUGGGGGGAACAGGAGUAUUUCUUGCAGUGUGGCUGGGUCCCGCCAAGGCAUUGGCUUUGGGGGUGCCGGAGGCUUUGGUGCUGGCAGUUUUGGUGUUGGAGGCUUUGGUGCUGGCAGCUUUGGUGGUGGAUUUGGAGGCUCCUUUAAUGGCCGGGGUGGCCCUGGCUUCCCUGUGUGCCCUGCUGGGGGGAUUCAAGAGGUCACCAUCAAUCAGAGCCUGCUGACUCCCCUCCAUGUGGAAAUUGAUCCUGAGAUCCAGAGAGUCCGGACGGCGGAGCGUGAACAGAUCAAGACCCUCAACAACAAGUUUGCCUCCUUCAUUGACAAGGUGCGGUUCUUAGAGCAACAGAAUAAAGUCCUGGAGACCAAAUGGAGCCUCCUCCAGCAGCAGACGACCACCUCAUCUCCAAGAAACCUGGAUCUGUUCUUUGAGACCUACAUUAGUGCCUUAAGGAAGCAGCUGGACACCUUGGGCAACGACAAAGGGCGCCUACAGUCAGAGCUGAAGAUCAUGCAGGACAGUGUGGAGGACUUCAAGACCAAGUAUGAAGAUGAGAUCAAUAAGCGGACGUCUGCAGAGAAUGACUUUGUGGUUCUCAAGAAGGAUGUUGAUGCCGCCUACAUGACCAAGGUGGAGUUGGAGGCCAAGAUGGAUGGUCUUAAUGAUGAGAUCAGCUUCCUGAGGGUCCUCUAUGAAGCGGAGCUGUCCCAGAUGCAGACACAUGUCUCUGACACCUCUGUGGUGCUCUCCAUGGACAACAAUCGCAACCUAGACCUGGAAAGCAUCAUUGCUGAGGUCCAGGCCCAGUACGAGGAGAUUGCCAAGAGAAGCAAGGCUGAAGCUGAGGCCCUGUAUCAGACCAAGGUCCAGCAGCUCCAGACAUCAGUUGACCUACAUGGUGACAACUUGAAGAGCACUAAGAAUGAGAUCUCAGAGCUCAACCGGAUGAUCCAGAGGCUGAGGACUGAGAUUGAGAAUGUCAAGAAGCAGUGCCAGACUAUCCAGGCAUCUGUGGCUGAUGCAGAGCAGCGCGGGGAGCUGGCUCUCAAAGAUGCCUAUAGCAAGCGCACAGAGCUGGAGGCUGCCUUGCAGAAGGCCAAGGAGGAGAUGGCCCGGAUGCUGCGGGAGUACCAGGCACUUAUGAGUGUCAAGCUGGCUCUGGAUGUGGAGAUAGCUACUUAUAGGAAGCUGCUGGAGGGCGAGGAGUGCAGGAUGUCUGGGGAAUGCCAGAGUGCUGUGAGCAUCUCGGUAGUCGGUGGUAGUGUCAGCGCUGGAAGCAUUGGUGGAGGAUUAGGAAGCUACUCUGGAUUUGGCCUGGGUAGCGGCUUUGGUUCUGGCUCUGGAAGUGGUUAUGGAUUUGGUAGCCAUUCCAGCAGUAAGAUCAUCUCUUCUUCCACCCUGACCAAGAGGUCCCAGCGAUAGAGAAGAUGAGGCGCUGUAGGCCCCUGUGUCCAGCCCAGCCCUGAUGUCUUUGUGCUUCCUUCAUUUCACUUGUACCCUUUCUGCUGUUCAUCCUGCCAGAGAUGGGCCACUCUGCCUUGGGCUUGCUCUGCUCCAGGACAAUCCUCUUGGCCGGAAUGUGGACUCUGCCCUCUUGGAGUUUGGUAGUUUCUUCUCCAUUUAGGACUGGUGAUUUCCCCUGGUGUGAGAGGAGGGCUGUCAGCUUUGACCUCCCAUGCAUAGAGAAGAAAUGACCAGACCUGUCAAGAUCAUGUAUGUCCUCUCAUAGCUCCAUCAAACCAUAGCUAUGCAUCGAUAUUAACCAAACUCAGUCCCUAUCACCUGGCAGCAACUGGCUCUGAAAGGUUAGGAUGAGAACGUCUUAGUGUUCUGCUCAGCUCCGCUUGUUCCCUCUGUCCUCCAAUAA